AUGUUCCGGGCGCAAAGGAUACAAGAAGAAUCAGCCAAUAGGAAUCGAACUCCAGCUCCUCGAUAUUAUUUAGGAGACAAGGUUUUUCUAUCGACCCGUCAUAUUCUAACAAAGCGACCCUCUAAGAAAUUCGACUGGAAACGCAUUGGGCCUUAUAGCGUUAAACGAAUCGUUAAUCCCUAUGCUUACGAGUUGGAACUUCCCCGAUCGAUGAAAAUUCAUCCAGUAUUUCAUGUUUCGUUAUUGUCACCCGAAGCGAAUGAUCCUUUACCAGGACAACAACGAUUACCACCACCUCCGGUUGAAAUUGAAGGGGAGGAAGAAUGGGAAGUCGAAGAUAUUUUGGAUUCGAGGAAACGAAGAGGAAGAUUUGAAUAUUUGGUACGAUAUAUGGGAUAUGACGAAGCCUCCUGGCAAUCGCUAUCAGACCUUGAGCAUUCACCUGAAAUCAUUAGACGAUUCCAUGAGCGUUAUCCAGAGAAGCCUAAGCCUACCAGGAG